AUGGCCAAGCAAGGCCUGAUCUCUCGCCAUGGCAUCCCACGCGAUGGAGGAGUCUCCGUAAUCCCGUGGGCCCCCGUAUCAGCCACUGGAGGAUUUGUCGAAAAAGGCAAAUACAGAUUCUAUGGUUCCAAGGCCACUGAUCCGAGUCAUGAUGACGCCCAAGCCUUGGAUGUGGGGAGCAACAUUGACAACUUUGCAAACCGCCUUCCUGACAAUUCGAUUACCCUGAAUUCCGUUCCAGCGGGCAACGAUGAAAAUAUCAUUCAGUUCGAUGACAGUGACGAUCUAGCGAAAUGGAUGACCAACCUUGACCCCAAGGGAACAUUCGAAUUGACCCUGAAGAAAAACCCUGAUCCUGGUAAAGGUCCUUGGGAUAUUAUCGCUUUCAGCUUCCAACUCACUAGCCCUUGGAAUGUCGUAUUCAGUUCAGGAGAAGAAGCUCUGCGUUUCUCCUUUGAGUCUAUUUUCCAGGUCCCUGUACCAGGGCUGGAGCCAGAUGGGGCAAUGCUCUACUUUGGCCUCGAUGCUGAGAAAACCCCUCAUGAUCUCAGUUCAACGAUCAAGGAGCUUUUCGACUUCUCUGGAUCAUUGUUGAAGCCAAAUUCGAUUAUCGCAGAUUGGAAGGUGACCCUGAAACUCCAGUCGAAGGAGAGUAAAGGCGCUUCUGAAAGGUCCAACGAAGACACUGGCGCCGGUGGUAAACGAAACGGACUUUGGAUCAGUCCCACCAAAGCUCUCCAGACAGUUACCAGACUCCAGUUUAGUCUGGGCGACGCUGACAAAACUACAUUCAACGAUAUCAUCAGCAAACCCCUGAAGGGAUUUACGCUUGAAAGCCUCGACGCCAUAUGCAAAAAGACUCUUGUGCUUACCGAGACGAACUCUGGAAACAAAGCCGUUUCUCAAGGCCAAGUCAUGUUUGUGGCUGAAUGCAAGAUUGCUUCUGGUGGCAAAGAGGUACCAGUAGUAGCAUCGAUUGAAUUCUACGCCUUUAACUACAACAUCGUCAUCCAGCUCAAUUCGAAAGAUGCUUUCCAAGGAAUCCUUCUCUGGCUCACAAACCUUGUCCCCGGUCUAGACUUGACCUUCAUCAAAACUUUCCUCUUGGAAAGCGACAUCUUCAAAGACAAAGGUGUAUACCCUAGGCAAAUCACAGUUACUCUGGACUGCGAUUCGGAAGGGAAGAAUACCAAGCUCGCGAGCUUCUCAUUCGACAUCGAAGUUGAGGCGGGCUUUGGCCAAACUCCACCUGAACAGCCAGGGGCAUCUACAAUGACACCUGUGUUUCUUUUAUCGUACAAUUGGAGUAGGGGCGGUCCUAAAUGGGGAAUCCUCCAAGGUCGACUUUGGAACUGGUUUGAUGUAUCCCCGUUGCGGGUUAUGCAGCCUGGGUACGAGAUCACUUCCAAUCUCAUUCCUCUAACAGAUAGCCCGGCAGCGGCACUCAAUCUGCUCAGGAUGAUUCCAGACAUGGAGAUCGGCAAUGUCCCUUCUACUAUUCCAACGCAAAUUAGCAGGGCGUACAUUGUGCUUGGCAACAACGGCGUAGCCCUCGGAGGAACUGUCAAGUCGAAGGCCUUCGAUGUAGUUGAUCCGCCACCAGUUCCUCAGCUUGACCUUGGUGUUAUCAGUAUUGACGCUAGCUUUGCCUGGAAGGGCCAAAAGAGUUUCAAGCUGACAGCUGCAUUCAUGGCCGAGAUGAGACCAUCACCCACGUCUGUUCACCAGGAGACUGCGGUUUUGAAGGGUGGUGUCGACUAUGACUCCACGACCUCAACCUGGCUGCUCAAUGCUUCUCUUGAUUCGCUUUACGCGUCGACUCUCUACGAAUUCUUCAAUAAAUCGGCCGCUGAUCACGUCAUGCCCCUGAUAGAGUCUAUCGCAGUCCAGAGUCUUGACCUAACCUAUCACUAUGCGCCCGUAGAAGUUGAGCCUAUUGAAGGCAAAGAGGAGAAGGUCACCAAGGUGAUGGGAUCUCAAUUUGAGUUCAAGGGCAUUCUUGUUGCUGCAGGUCUUGAAUUGGGUUUGAACUUCAAUUAUGAGCCCGAUGGCACUUUCACCUUCAAGGCCACGCUGAGCUCUUCCAAGAAGUCUGCUACUGUUGGAGAUGUCAUCAAGGGUAUUCUAGGCGAUGAAGGCCUGGAACUUCCCAACUUUCUCGACGAAAUUACAUUUGGCAAAGAUGGAAAAGAUGCAAUUGUCAUCAAAGUCGACAAGCACAUUGACACAGAAAAGAAAGACCCCAAGCCUGAUGAAAAGCCUGAAGAUGCAGCGGUUAAGCUUGCAGAAACAAAGAAAGGUUCAUUCCAAUUCGUUGCUACUGUGGACAUCGACAAGUUGAGUUUCUCAUUUGUCCAGAUUCACAGACUUGAAUGGGCGCCUAAGACACCCUCCAAGCGAUUCUUCAAGGCUGCGCUCACGGCUGUUCCCGGGAUAGAUAUUCCUCUUGUUGGGAACCUCACACAGCCAUUCCAGGAAAUGUACUUUAUGUGGAUUCAAGAUGACACAAAGCUUAACAAGGGUGGUGACUCUGGGCUUACUCGCAAGGAUCUUGCCAGCCUUGAGAAAACCCUACCGUUGACAGUGAAGGACAAGUUCAAACCGCCCACUACUGAUGAUGAUCUUUUGAUGAGCUCAGGCUCUCACUUUGGAGUCAUUAUCAAGGACUCUGAGGGCAAGUCUUCUUGCAUUCUGGAUUAUGACUUCAAAAAGAAGGCAUCUUCUACUCGCGAAAAGAAAGAAGGCGGCUCCAAGGCUCUGACCGCUUCAGGUUUCGCUGCUGUUUCGGCAGAUGAGAAAGAGCCUGAGAAGAAAGCACCCAAAGACGACUCUGAUGGUGGAAGUGCAUCGGCCCCAUUCAAAAAGAAGGCCGGGCCUCUUUCCAUCAGCAACAUCUCCCUCAAGUAUGUCGACAAUGUCUUGCGCAUUGGCUUCAACGCUAGUUUUGAGCUCGGUCCUCUUAGCUUCUCACUUCUGGGCUUCACAAUCAAUCUGAAACUUACCUCUCUUGAUUUAUCCAAGAUAGAGUUCCCAGAGUUCAGCCUAGAGGGAUUCUCGGUGGCGUUUGAAAGACCUCCGUUGACAAUCGCGGGUAUUGUUCGUCGGGGCGACACUGAGGAGUUGACAUUUUACUCUGGUGGUCUUAUUGUCGGCUGGGUUCCAUACCAGCUCCAAGCCGCUGGCUUCUACGGUGAGGCCCACCCAGUAAAGGGCGACAAGACGAAGGACUUCGUUUCUGUGUUUGUCUUUGCUAGACUUGACGGCCCUCUCGUGACUCUCGAGUUUGCAGAAAUAUCUGGAGUUACAGGCGGUUUUGGAUACAAGUCUGAAGUACGCGUCCCCAAGGCCAGCGAGAUCACCGACUUCCCGUUCAUCAACCAGUCUCAGCUUGACGGCUCAAGUGGCGAUGUACUCAAAACGCUCGAGGCACUGACCAACCCAGACGCUGCUGCCGGAGGUUGGUUUAGUCCACAAGACGAUAGCUACUGGGCUGCGGCAGGUAUGAAGAUUGAUGCUUUCCAGAUGAUAUCCCUUGAUGCCGUCGUAGUCGUCAUGUUUGGUCAGUCUAUUAAGCUGGGCAUCUACGCUGUUGCCCUUGUUGACAUUCCCAAUGCGAAGUCCCCUGUUAAAUUCGCACAUGUCGAGCUUGGUAUUGGUGUGACUGUUGACUUUGGCUACGGCACUCUGAAGACAGAAGGCCAGCUAUCGCCCAAGUCCUUUAUCUUGGAUCCUAACUGCCAUUUGACCGGCGGGUUCGCUCUCUAUUACUGGUUUGAUGCUCCCCACGCUGAUCAAUCUAAUAUUGGAAACUUUGUUUUCACGCUUGGCGGAUAUCACCAAGCGUUUAGAAUACCCGAAGGUUGGCCAAACCCGCCGCGCCUAGGAAUUAGUUGGUCUCUUGGAAAGAAUCUUAGUAUCUCAGGGGAGGCAUAUUUUGCUAUUACUCCUAAAAUCUGUAUGGGUGGUGGACGACUGCAUGCAGCCUUCAGUGCUGGACCAAUUAGUGCUUGGUUUGACGUUUUUGCUAACUUCCUUAUUAACUAUAAACCCUUCAGCUUUGAAGCUAAUGCAGGAAUCUGUGUUGGUGUGCGCUUUGAUAUUGAUUUUCUCUUUACUCAUACUCACAUUUCUGUUGAGAUAUCGGCAGACUUGUAUCUGUGGGGGCCACCACUGGCUGGCCGGGUUCACAUUGACAUCAAGGUUGCCAAGUUUGACAUCAACUUUGGUUCAAGCAAGUCGCGUGACCCAGAAGUUGACAUGCUCGCCUUUUACAAGUUGGUGCUGCAAGCAGGCAGCCAGAAGAUAAAGUCUGUAGCAGCAAAGGAAAAGGAGGAAACCAGCCUUGUGGCAGAAGCAGACAAGGACGUUAUUAUUCAGCCCAUGAACCAAGGUCAUACACUUCUUGCUACUUCAGGUCUUCUUAACAACAACUCUUCCCCAGAAAGGUCCCAAAAUGCGGAUUGGGCUGUCCGCGGUGGCUCAUUUGCGUUCGUCGUCGGGUGCAAGAUGGCAGCUCAGGACGCACUACUCGUUGAUGAGAGUGACAAGACUCUAAAUUCGGUCUCAAACAAGGCGGACUCGAUCUAUGCAAAACCCAUGCACCUUGAAAAGAAAACCCCCAUGGCUAAGUCAGAGGUGAAGAUUGAGAUCGUCCAGAACGGCGUUUCUCACGGCGCCAUAUGGGGAAUGACCCAGCAGUAUAAACAAGUCCCGUCAGGACUAUGGGGCACGUAUUCUGAAGGGGAAGAUCCUACUAAGAGUCGAGACGGCAACAACAUCAACGACCUGCUCGACGAUAACGAAGGUAGCGUCAAGCUUAUGAUGGGGGUCCUCAUGCAAGGUCCUCCCGCUGUUAUGUCCGAGGAUACACUCAAGGCUUUCAAUAUCCUUGACGCGGGACUAGAGGACCUUCCAGCCGACAAGAGCUUCCCUGAUCCAGAAUGGUCCGACAAGAGUUGGGAACCUGAUGAGCCAAAGAAGGGUGCUGCUCAGUGGGAUGCUGUUCAUGAUAAGUGGAAAUCGCCAGAUUGGAACGAGGGGGGGGCCAAGGACGUGCAAACGGGCUUUGUUGAUACCUGGGCGAAGACAUUCGGCUGGGAUUCUGCAUUGUCAGGAUUGGCUAAGAUUCCCAAGCUUCUAGACGAACGGUUUGAUAACCUUUAUGUCAAUGCCCCAUUUGUUACUAAGUAG